AAGAGCUGCUACGUUCUGCUACCAACCGGAGAGCAUUGAUAAUAGUACUAGCGCUGACCUUCACCCAACGCAUGUCAGGGUUUGGAAGUUUGUUAGCUUUUGGAUCCACAGCUCUCCCAGAUCUAAGUUUCAUGACCGCAGAGCAAUGCAACAUUAUCGUGGGUGCCACCUGGAUGUUAUCCAUCCCCAUCUCUGGGUACCUAAUAGAUAUCUUUGGACGAAAACCCCUAACACUCAUCUCCUCCUCAGGGACAUUCCUCUCCAUGACCAUCAUCGGUACCUAUUCUAUCUCUCUCCUUUUCUACCCUUACCACACACCUAUAACUUCAUCCCUUUUCUCUUCACCCUCAUCUUCAGUGUCCUGUUUUCCAUUGGUUUGGGUCCAAUAGCUCUCCUGUUACCUUCAGAACUUUUCCCAGCCAACGUGAAAGCUAAAGCGUCAGCUGUAGCUUCAAUAUGCCAGGCAGCUGCUGCGUUUCUUUCCAACAUAAUCUGGUUGGACGUGGUUGAGAGUGUGGGACUCUACAUGAACUUCUUCAUAUUUGCUGCUGUGUCUCUCGCAUUCUAUGUGUUUUCCAUCUUCUUUUUCAUCGAGACUAAAGGGAAAACACUGGAAGAGAUACAGGAUGAGUUGAACAGUGAACAGCGAUCAAAAAGUGUAAUAUAAAUUCAAUUGAUUUUUAUUUAAUUAAAUUACAAUAAAAUGAUAUAUAUAUAUCCAAUCAUUCUACAGGUGAUUUUUG